UAAGUAAAACAUGGCGACGAUCGGUGCAGCACGGUGUUUGCUAAGAAGCUGUUCUCGGAUAAAAAAUGUCGAUUCUCACUCGAAUAUGUUUGGCAGACGUAGCAGACGGAUGCUGUGUAGUGCAUCAUCGGACAUCAACAACCCAGACGUACAUGUCAACCCGAAGUUUAUGGACGAGGAAGUGCAGAAUAUCCUGACGAGGAUCACUGGCUUGGACCUCCAGAAGGUGUUCAGACCCCAGAAACAAGAGCUGAAGCCACCCACCUACAAACUCAUGACAGAUGCCCAGCUAGAGGAGGCCACUGUGAAGGCCAGGGAGGAGGCGGAAAGACUACUGAAGAUGCCCCCAGUGCUGCCCGAGAGGAAGCCCAUCGACGACGUCCUCUCCGAGGACAAGAUCCUGGAGGGCAUGGACACGGCCAAAUACGUCUUCACUGACAUCACCUUCAACAUCCCCCACAGGGAGCGCUUCGUCGUGAUCCGGGAGCCCAGCGGGACGCUGAGGAAGGCCUCCUGGGAGGAGAGGGACAGGAUCCUCCAAGUGUACUUUCCCAAAGCAGGACGGAAACUCACAGCGCCCCCUGUCUUUAAGGAGGAGAACCUCAAGAUUGUAUUUUCCCAGGACCGCCACGAGGAUGUGUUGGACAUGUGCGUCGCUCAGUUUGAACCAGACUCGUCAGGCUACAUCCGGGUCCACGCGGCGACCUAUGAGGACCUGGAGAAGCAGGGAAAGUACGAGCUACUGCGUUCCACCAGGCACUUCGGAGGCCUGGCCUGGUACCUGGUCACCCACAAGAGGGUGGAUGGCCUCAUCAUAGACAUGCUCCAAAGAGAUCUGGUCCAGGAUGCGGUCAGUGUGGUGCGUCUGCUCCACAUGGCCCACCCUCACUGUCAAUCAGCCCAGGAAGCCAGCAGACAGGGGGCGGCAGGGCUGGACCUGCUCAAGGUGUACACCCAGCUGGAGUCUCAGAGGGCAGGCUACAUCGAGCUGGCUCUGCAGGCCCACCAGCAGACCCUGGCAGAGAGCUCCGCUUGACCUCACCUGCCAUCCUCCGGGACACGGCCCCUGCCCGCCCCGCCCGUCUGAUACCAGCUCCACAGGCAGCAGGAUGUCUGUCGAAUCAUGUCAACUGCUGCCAUGCUCUGUCAACUGACAAAUACAGCUCGAAAGUGGUGCAUUCAGUGACAUAUAUGCCCGUAUCAGUAACUGUUGGGAUAGAGUUCGUCCAGUGAUGUUCUGUUGUUGGAGCACCACACAUGAUAAAUGGGCAAACGUGACAGCUGACUGGAUACUUUAUCUGUACUGAAAGUUAACAUUCAAACUCAACAGAAAC